AUGCAUUUUCCGGCACGGAACUGCGCCCCUAUAGUGUCGGCAGCGACAGCCACGGGGCGGAUAUCACGCGGCAUCCCGUAUAACUCAUUGAGGAGAUUGGGUGUUGCGGGGUGGAAUGGUUGCACUGCCAACAUUUCUGGGAAAGCAGCCCGACACAUUCACUCAACUUCGAAAAGAAAUUAUGGAUUUCAAGCUUCGGGGGGUUUCCCUGUAACAAACACACAAAGCCGUGGAUUGGGAGUAGUGUCUCCUAAUCGUGUUGGCUGGAGCCAAUUCAGAUGUUUCAGCAAAGCAGACCACACGCAAGUUUCUGGCGAUAACCAGAAGACGGAAGACUUAUUGGAGAAAUUCGAGGUUCAAGAGGGAAACCAAGAGGCUCGGCCUCAGCAUCGGAUCCUCAAUGAGGAAGGCAAGAAUCAUCAGCCUAUGAUGCAGGGAGAGCAAUGGCCGGAGAGGAUGACAAAAGGCAAGAUGUUGACCACGCCAUCACGGCUUUUCAAGCUGAUCAUUCCUUUAACAAUCGUUGGCGACCUCGGCCAUAACAAAGAGAUUGAACCGAUAGCUAUACUUGUCCACCCACAACAACCUUUAUCCUACCUAGAACGUCUGAUCCAGUCCGAGCUUCCCCCUAUUAAAGGACAAACAGACAAACUCCGACCACCAGCUAUAUCCUUUAUCGCCCUCCAACACGAAGACAACGCAAUCAAGCCCAAAAAGAAGGUCGAAGACGACAUCGACGUUGACGCAGACCACCCGGACAAUAUCAACGACAAAGAUUACGUUCCAGGAAAUGACGGCAUCGGCGGUAGCAAGCCGCUCGGCAGUAAGCCAGCCGUGCAGCGUCGCCGUCGCACCCAAGACGAAGACGCAGAGACAUACAGCUACCCACGGAACACAGAAGGCAGAGAGGACGGCGAGCCAGACCGGUUCGUGCGCUGGUCCCAGGCCACCGAAGUAGGCGACUUUAUCCGCGACGCAUCCAGAGCGCGCGAAUUCAUUGUGACAAUUGAAGGAGCGCCAGUGGGUCUUGGCCAGAUCAGGGUCGCAGUGCCAUCGUUCAAUGAACGCACAUACUACCUGCGCAUGCGACUGCGCAAGCUCUCGAGGCGGAUCCAAACAUUGGCCGAAAUAAAGGAGACGUGCGAUGCUCUGGCGCAUCGGGGUGCUCAGCGCGUUGCAAUUGGUGGAUUUGGAAUUCUUUCCGUCUGGUGGUUCACGGUAUACAAGUUGACGUUUGAGACGGACUUGGGGUGGGAUACCAUGGAGCCGGUGACCUACUUGGUCAGUUUGUCUACACUGAUGGGAGGUUAUCUGUGGUUUUUGUACCACAACCGUGAGAUCUCUUACAAGUCAGCACUGGACUUUACGAUUAGUGCCCGGCAAAAGAAACUCUACCAGUCACACAAGGUGGACUUGCAGUUGUGGGAGUCUCUAAUUGACGAGGGCAACUCUCUUCGUCGGGAGAUCAAGAAUAUCGCUGCUGAGUAUGAUGCUGAAUGGGAUGAACGUGCCGAUGAGCAAGAUCGGCGCGUGACUGAAGUUCUCAAGUCGGAGCGCAGCAGACAGAAAAGCAGCAAGCAGUCGGAGUCCGAUGAUAAGGAUGACAAGAACGAUGAUUGA